UUUAACCACUUCCGACAUAAAAUCACAAAAAUGGUCUGUCAAAUUGGAUGAAUUUAAAAUGCGCAAAUUGACAGCUAUUCUGCUUAUAUUUGCUCAUUUGUAUAUUAUUUUCCAAGAAUGUUUCUGUGCUUUAGCACCUCAAAUGAUACUUAGCCCAGACCAUGAUCAAAUUAAUGUCAAGGAAGGUCAAAGUUUAGAGGUUAACUGUAGUGUCAAGGACAGAGACCAUGCAGAAAAAUGGCAGAUACCAUACUGGAAAGCUAGAGGGCAAGUCUAUCGUAGGCAAAACUUGCCUCAGAAUAUCACCAGCUACCACACAGCAACAUUAUACUUCCAGAGAAUACACAAAUCUGAUGCUGGGUUAUAUAAGUGUUUAUAUAAUACAACAUCCUCAGUUAUUACUAAAAGAUUGUAUAUAAUGGUCAAAAAUGCUAGAUCAAGCAUUGACCAUAAAUGUGGAAGUAAUCAGUUCAAAUGUGAAGGGAGCAGUCAUUGUAUAGCUUUACAUUAUCGCUGUAACAACUGGACUGAUUGUGAAGAUGGUUCAGAUGAAAUACAUUGUAUAGGUCUCUGUGAGAAAAAGUUCCGUUGUUUAAAUGGGAAAUGUAUUGACCAAGAAUUAGUCUGUGAUAAAGAGAACAAUUGUGGAGAUGCUUCAGAUGAAUAUUGUCAGCUACAAAACAUUGCUGAACAAAAGAAAGAUACAGCAAAUACAACUAUAAAUGCCACAAAGACACAAGAUGAUCACAUGAGUUGGCUAAAGACAACUUUAUAUGUAGUGAUUGGUUGUACUGUUAGUGUUGUUUUCUUUAUUUCUGUGAUUGUUGUGGCCGUCUUCCGAAUCAGAAUGAAACGUAACACCGUACGUAGAACAUAUGGAUCUGAAAGGUCAGGGAGAGGUCAAAGAGAUAGUGGUCAUGACCCAGUCAAUUAUCAAGCAGAGGAUCCAUUCUUAAAUAUGGCCCCAUCUGCGAACUAUGGCAAUAUUAUUGUCAAUGUGAAUAAUGGGAUUCAGUAUGUUCCAGGAGCUGAAUUUGCUGAAUUUACUGCAAUAAUGGAAGCUCCACCAUCUUAUUCAGACGUUGAACAGGAAAUAUUUGAUACUCAGAAUAUAUCCCCUCCUGAUUAUAGUACAAUUGAUAGAAAUCCAUUACGAGUCAAUAGUGUGAUAAAUGUGACUCCGACUAGAAAUCAACGACCUAAUUCAGGUCAAACGCCUGUCAAUAGACGAGACAGAUCUAAUCAGCCUGUCGAUAGCAGGCCUAGAACACAGAAUGCUGCUGUUCAGACAUUAACUCAUCGUUCACAUGGUGGACAACGGCCUCAGUCAGGUACAGAUAGUCUUCCAAGGCAACCAACCAUAAAUGUUCAAGGUGGCCAAAUUCUUUUAACAAAUAUCUCAGAUAAUUCACAGCCUACACAAGUAUCAGACAAUGAACAAGUUAGCUCAGAGAGACCUUCAUCUGCAUUGCUUCACGUUCAAAAUGGUCAAAUAAUGUUUGGGAAUCUAAACACUACUGACCAAUCAGCAAGUACUGACAUUGAAAGUAGUGUUCCUGUUGAUGAAAGUCAGGACAAUAAUCCUAGAACUAAUAUACAGGUGUGUGAAGGACAAAUUGUAUUGGCCAGUGAAAAUACCCCUGCUGUCAUUACAGAAAACCCCACAGUUAAUGAAAGUCCUAGCAGACGACAGUUAGAUGUCUGUGAAGGUCAAAUAGUAUUAAAGUGAUGUAUCUUGCCAAUGAAAUAGUUAACUUUUGUUCUGUAUAAUAUAAUCCAUAUAUGUGCAAUUCAGUUCAUUCAUAUUUGUAAUUGUUCGUUAUAAUACUUAGAAAGUUUGUUUGACUUGACAGUUUGAGUACAGUGUGGUGAUUGCUGUAAAUAUCUCAAUAAAUCCAGUCAAAAUCUGUUCAUUAUUCCACACAGAAGAGCAAUUGUAUUCAAAAUAUUGGAAAUCCUGAACUAAGAAUAAUGUUUUCCUAAAGCCUAUGUUUUCAUGGAAAACAGAAUUGUUAUUUUCUUCAAAUAAUUCAUUCCGUAAACUUUGGUUAGUUUAUUUUUUAUUCAGGGUAGCAUUAGUGAAACGUGUAUUUAGUUAUUUUUAGACUACAUCUGUGUUCUAGGUUAGUUAUUAUACAUAUUUGACUUACUUAUAUUAUAAUUUGUUUAUAUAUCAUUUAGUAAAUUACUGAUAUUUAUAGAUUAUCAAUGGUUUUUCCAAUGAGAGUGUUUUUCUCAGCUUAAAUCUCAUUUAAGGUGGCUCAGUCCACAGAUGAGAUCUGGCUGAGAAACAUCAUUGAAUUUGGAAGACCAUUAAUAAUCUGAUGACAUAGUUAAUGUUUACAUUGACAAUGGCCAACGGGUCCUUAGUUUCUAGCAAUAAAUUUCUUUCUCAAGCCAGCUUGGGGCAUAUGAUCUGAAAAAUUAUCACAAUUUUAUUUUACACAAAAUGAGCAAAAGUAUUGAAUCAAUAUCUUUUUACAGAGACAAACAAAGAUCUGCUCUCAACACCAAAUUCUAUAUAUAAAAGGAUUUAUAUGUACUGUAUUAAUGUACAGAAAUAUAAAUUAAAACACCAUUGGUUUUAAAUGUAAAAUUGGGAAUAAGCAAGUGUAAAUAUCAUUUUUGGCUGUUUUUUCAUGAGCCAUAUGCAUUCCUCAGAUUAUCAAAGGAGUAGGUCCUGUGAGGGCCAAUUUUGACCUCAAAUUUCAGGUUCAUCUGAUGAAAGAUUUUGGACACUUUUUAAACAAUCAGUAAAUGUGAAAGAUAAGAACCGAUUAAAGUCUCAAAUUCAAGCUUAGAUAUGAAAAAUCUAUC